GUCCCGCGCCCAUCUUUCCGGCGUUAUUGAUAUUGCGGUUUUUUCCUGUGAUUUGCGCAACGUGUUAGGCAUUAUGCUCGAGAACAAUCAGUUAUGAAAGCUGUGUUUGCUUCUUUGACGUAGUGAAAUAUUUAAUUGGAGGCGAUGAAUAACUCGAAGGAAUCCAAGGAUGAUAUUAGUCAAUCCAGCAGCUCGUCAGCCCCUAGUGUGGACAAACUCUCUCAAAUUCUCGAUGAAUUGGAUCUUAGCGCUGGAGAACUGGCUCCGGAUAUGCCGGGAAAUGUAACGUUUCCAGAUCCUGAUAGUUCGACUUUGGAGAUGGCUCUGAAAGUCCUUGCUCAGGAAGGUUCCGAAGGAAGUCUUUUGUCAAGUGAUACUGCUCGAGAUUUGGAAGCAAUUCUUAAGCAAGUUGAUGAUCUGGGAAGUGAAUUGCAAGAUGCUCAUCUGCUGAAGGAGCGUGAUCCGCGUUGUGAACUAUUUAUGCUAAAGAAUUCAUCCGCCAUCAGCCGGGCCACAUUUGAAGAACUAAAUUCGAAUGUGGAGAAGCUCAUGAACGCACUCAAACGUGAACGACUCGAGAAAUGUGAUCUAGAAGCUCGUUUGAAAAAGCUGGAGUCAAAAACGUCUUCUCAACCGUAUCGAAAAUUCAGCAAAAAACGAGGCAAUUCGGAAGUAUCCCGGGUGGAAGAGCUUGAGGAAACUGUGAGAAAGCUGCAAGAUGAAAAUGUAUACCAAGAUCGAAUGAUCGUCGGAUAUGAGCGCGAGAACACUAAGCUGCUCGAAGAAUUGGCUUCCCUCAGGGUGAAUUUUCAGAAGAGUUUAGGAGUCUGGGAGAAAGAGAAACGUGAGUUCAUGUUGCGUGAAAGGAUGAUCGUGAAAGGAGUUGUUCGGAAUUCGGGCAGUGACGGGGAAAACAAAAUCGCGAAGAAAAUCGCGGACAUGGAAUAUGGGAUGAGAGUCGCCAGAGAAGAGAUGGGUUACAAGGAGCCACCUGAUACAUUUCAGCAAGACAUUGAAAAACUUCAAAAUGCCGCCGGAGAGGAAGCUAAUCGCAUAGAUUUUUAUCAGCGAAUGGUGAAAGACCUCUCUGAGCAGCUAAGUGAGGUCAGCAAAUGCAAUCUGGAAAAUCCCCACGAUUGCGUUGCCAAUGCCGAAAUGAAGUUGAACUUGGUGAAGAAAGCGCUGGACGAAGGGAAUGCCAUAAACGAAGAACUGAGAGCUUUAUCCGAACGGAACGAGGCGGCGUUCAAGGCUAAAUUAGCCGCGUGGUCGUACGAACGGAGCUCUAUGCUCGCCGCCAUCAAGAACUUGAAGGAAGAACGACAGCAACUCCAACUCGCCAUCAGUGCUGUGAAACGUGGCAAAGAAGAAACGGAACGAAUUGCUCAAGCUGCUGCUGCUCAUGACGCCUCUUUCGCUCCGCCGCCUGUGGUCGAGAACAAGCUCUCCUUCAACAAAAUGAAGAAAGAACGGGCGGAUUUGGUGGAACAACUAGAAGCUGCGAAGGCUGAGAAAGACGCGGAAAUCACUCGCCUGAAGCGGGAAAACGAAUCGCUGAAGAUGGUGUUGAAUCCAAAACAAGAAGUUGGUCUUCAGCUUUGCGCUCGUGUCGAGGAACUGGAACGUUUGCACAAGCAGAAAGCGGCAGAGUUUGACUUGCUGUGGCGUCACUUGAACGCGCUCACAACUUCAGCGGAAGACACGUCUUCCUGGAUCCUGGAACUGAGGAACAUAAUUGCGUCUCCAGCGUUUCAGGGUUACAUUCGUUCGGAUGUGAGUGCGGAAAAGAAUGCCGUGCCCGUUGCUGCGGAAGUGCGGGAAGAGCAACUUCCGCCGGAACCUAGAACCCAGUCCAGGAAGAAGAAGAAACCGACUUGAAAGUCGGCUAAUAUCUCGUUGAAUCUUUUUUUUUUUUUUUGUGACGCUCUAUGACGAUUUGAAUGCCGAAAAAUUUUUGCGGAAAUCCACGUGUUUCUAGAUUCGUGUUAAAACGAAAAGAAAAAAAUGUUUGCGCUGCGAUUCCCUGCUUUGAGUGCGGAUUCGGACUGUGAACUUGAGUUUGUUCUUUCAAUGGGGAAAUGUUUUCUAUGUUGAAAAUUGCUUCUUUUUUUUUGUUGGUUCGACUCGGCGUCAUAAAAGGAUUCUUCGAUGUGCUAUGGCUGACGUGGCCGAAAAAUUAUUCACUCGUGGUUUUGUUCUCA